AUGAACGGUCUCAAUGGUGUCAAUGGCUACGACCAUGCGACAGCCAGCAUGGGCGCCAUGCCGCCCGUCAAGCAGCGCAAGCCUUACGACUAUGGCGGUAACCCUCUGGCACACAUCAACACUGGCGAGUCUGUCCGUCUCCCUGCCUUCGGUGGUGAAUUCCAGCCUGGUCUUUACAAGCCCAUCGCCGACCGCAAGUUCGCCAACCCUGCCCCUCUCGGUCUGAGCGCUUUCGCACUCACCACCUUCGUCCUCUCUCUGAUCAACCUUGGUACCCGCGGUAUCACUGAGCCCAACAUUGUUGUUGGUGCUGCUUUCGCAUACGGUGGUCUGGUCCAGCUUCUUGCCGGCAUGUGGGAAAUGGCCAUCGGAAACACCUUUGGUGCUACUGCUCUCUCGUCUUACGGUGGUUUCUGGAUUGGCACUGCUAUCAUCCUCACUCCUGGUGGUUUUGAAAUCACUGCUGCUUACAGCGGCAAUGGAUUCGACGACGUCUUCGGUUUCUACUUGAUGGGCUGGUUCAUCUUCACCUUCCUCAUGCUCAUCUGUACACUCCGCUCGACCGUCGCCUUCUUCUUCCUCUUCUUCACUCUCGAUCUUGCCUUCCUCUGCCUGGGUCUGUCGUACCUUUACCACGGAAACGUCGCCCUUCUCAGAGCUGGUGGUGCUUUCGGUAUCCUCGCUGCUUUCGCUGCCUGGUACAACGCCCUUGCCGGUAUCGCCGACACCAGCAACUCCUUCUUCAUCAUCCCUGUCGCCCACUUCCCCUGGUCUGACAAGGGCCGUGAAAAGCGUGAGAAGGUUGACAACUCCGCUGCUCGUGCUGCCGAGUCUGUCUAA